AUGCUGAUUUCCCGGUUUGAGAAUGUAGUUGCCAAUGCAAAUCACUACUCAGCCGAAGCUCUAUUAUCCCUUGUGAAACAAUGUUCAUCAAUCAAGACCCUUCAACAGGUUCACACCCAAAUGGUUGUGAACUCCAUUCACAAGCCCAACCACCUUCUCUCCCAUAUUAUACUACACCUCAAGGACUUCACCUACGCUUCCCUUUUCUUCUCCCACAUUGCUCCUCACCCCAAUGACUACGCCUUCAACAUCAUGAUCCGUGGCCUCACCACCACGUGGCACCAUUACCCUCUCGCUCUUCACUUUUACUACCAAAUGAAGUCCUUGGGACUUAGGCCUAAUAACUUCACAUACCCUUUCUUGUUCCUCGCUUGUGCCAAUCUUGUGGAGAUUCAACAUGGCCGUUUGGGCCAUUCUAUGGUUUUCAAACUUGGGUUGGACUCUGAUUCUCAUACCAGUCACUCGUUGAUUACUAUGUACGCAAGGUGUGGCGAGUUGGGUUGUGCACGGAAGGUGUUCGAUGAAAUUUCUGAGAAGGACUUGGUGUCGUGGAACUCGUUGAUCUCUGGGUAUUCGAAGAUGGGUUACGCGAGGGAGGCGGUGGAGAUGUUUGGGGAGUUGAGGGAUGCUGGGUUUGAGCCUGAUGAGAUGAGUCUGGUGAGUGUUCUUGGGGCUUGUGGUGAAUUGGGAAAUUUGGACUUGGGGAGGUGGGUGGAGGGGUUUGUUGUGGAACAUAACAUGACCCUUAAUUCGUAUAUAGGUUCUGCUUUGAUUAGUAUGUAUGCUAAAUGUGGUGAUUUGGUGUCGGCUAGAAGGGUCUUUGAUAGCAUGGCAAAAAAAGAUGUUAUCACGUGGAAUGCUGUUAUAUCAGGAUAUGCUCAAAAUGGAAUGGCGGAUGAAGCAAUCUCUUUAUUCCAUGGCAUGAAGGAGGAGUAUAUUAAUCCAAAUAAAAUUACCUUGACCGCAGUUCUGUCUGCGUGUGCCGGCAUUGGGGCUCUGGAUUUGGGGAAACAGAUUGAUGAAUAUGCAUCACAAAGAGGAUUUCAACAUGAUAUUUUUGUGGCUACUGCAUUGAUUGAUAUGUAUGCUAAGUGUGGGAGUUUGGACAGCGCACAGAGAGUUUUCAAAGACAUGCCCCGAAAAAAUGAAGCUUCUUGGAAUGCAAUGAUCUCUGCGCUUGCUUCUCAUGGGAAAGCCAAGGAAGCCCUAUCACUAUUUCAGCGCAUGUCCAAUGAGGGUGGUGGUGCUCGCCCUAACGACAUAACAUUUGUAGGGCUGCUUUCUGCUUGCGUGCAUGUAGGCCUUGUUGCAGAGGGCUACAGAUUGUUUGAUAUGAUGAGCACAUUGUUUGGAUUGGUACCAAAAAUUGAGCAUUACUCUUGUAUGGUUGAUCUAUUGUCACGUGCUGGUCAUUUAUAUGAAGCUUGGGAUCUCAUUGAGAAAAUGCCUGAAAAACCAGAUAAGGUUACAUUAGGUGCUUUACAUGGUGCCUGUCGAAGGCAAAAAAAUGUAGAAAUAGGUGAACGGGUUAUGCAUCUGCUUCUGGAGUUGGAUCCUUCAAAUUCUGGGAACUAUAUUAUCUCAUCAAAAAUAUAUGCAAAUUUGAAUAUGUGGGAUGAUUCAGCAAGGAUGAGAGAGUUGAUGAGACAGAAGGGUGUCAUUAAAACUCCUGGUUGUAGCUGGAUUGAAAUUGAGAAUCAGUUGCAUGAAUUUCGCGCUGGUGAUGGCUUAUGGCUUGACUCUGUAGAUGUAUGUAACAUAAUUGAUUUGCUCUACGCAGAGCUCCAAAGGGAAGGGUAUGUUCCAAAAAUUGUUGAAUAGCUUGGUGAGGAGCUGAAGAGUUAUUUUAUUGGAAGUUACCGAAGUGGGGAAAUUUGGACUAAAUGGCACUCAGCUGUCUCAGCUCAACUAGUCACGUUGAUAGAGUGGUUUCAUCAGGUUAGUAUGAUCCGAUGACACAUUAAUAUAUAG